GUCUCUCUACCUCAUCCCUACAACAACUAGGACGGUGGUCCUCCUCCGCCUUCACAACCUACACUCGCCCGGACAUCAGCGCCGUGCUGGCCAUCCAACGAUCUCUCAGACCCUAACUACGAGCUCCCCUCCAUCUUUCUGUGGAACCGGCAGGACUGGGGACCUGCAGUCCAUCCUCAGUGUGAUGGAGGACGCCCAGAGCUUCAUUUACAUCGCUGUCAUGAACUACCUGCCCACCAUGGAGUUCUCUCAUCCUAAGAGGUACUGGGCCGACAUCGACACCCAGCUAAGGCGCGUCAGCUACGAGAAGCGGGUCAGAGUGCGCCUGCUGAUCAGCUGCUGGGCCAGCACCCAGCCCAUCAUGUUCCCCUUCCUCAAGUCUCUGGCCUCCGUGUACGACCCCAAGAGCAGACUGGACAUCCAGGUGAGGCUGUUUGUGGUGCCUGCCACCCCCCAGCAGAAGGAGAUUCCCUUUGCCAGAGUGAACCACAACAAGUACAUGGUGACGGACAAGAUAGCAUACAUAGGUACGUCGAACUGGUCUGGGGACUACUUUGUGAGCACAGCCGGCUCAGCAUUGGUCGUCAAUCAAACAGCAUCAGAGUCUUCUGAGACAACCGUCCAAUCACAGCUGCAGGCCGUGUUUGAGAGGGACUGGGAUUCCGCCUACAGCACCCCCCUCACUCAGCACUCAAACCUAAAAAACUUGUGUUAGUUUCAUCAGCCAAUAUCACAGAUCCUUCAUCAGAGGGGACUCUUCAACACAUAUUGCCGUGCUAUAGUUGCACGUUCAUGCAUUUUGCUCUAUUCAGCUGGAACAUUUCUUCUCAGCUGAGCGGAGUUUGCUGAGGUCCAAAGGAAGAUAUUUCACUUCCAGAAAAGCUGCUUUAUGCAUCAGUGCCAAACUUGACUUGAGCAACGUGACGUCUUAAACCAGUAAACUGCUCAUUGGCAGUCUUAUACUACCAUGGGUUGUUCAAGGGUGCCUUUUUUUUUUACAUUUUAGACAAUAUUUUUGCAUCUCUUUGCCGUUGUUAUCAGAACUGGCCUGGGAUUUAAACUGCAUGUGUGUGUUAAGCUUUGAUGACUUUAUAAUUUUCAAAAUCAAUCAAAACACCUUUAUUUUCUGCAACAACAGCCUCAGUGCGGGAUUUUCUUUUUUUCUUUAUCCUAGCACACCUCAGGGAGUAAAGUGUUUUUCUUAAUUAAUCUGCACAUGAACUGGAAAUAAGAUGCAUGUUUUCAAAAUUCAGCUCUCAGUCUUUAUGACUGUUUUUUUUAAAUACGAUAAUUUCAGCAGUGUUCAAAAAUAGAUACAGUUUUGCAGUGGCAGUAAAUGUGGAUUAUAAUUUCAUUUCCACUGUGUGGAGUGACUGCACCUACCAAUUAAUGAAGACGUGGUUGUUAUGGCAACUGUUCAAAGAAGCAGCAUGCACAUUAAACAAAAUACUCUGGGGCAGUCAUUAUCUAUGUGACAUCUUUAUAAAGAAAUAACUUUCAAUAAAUGACUUUCAAUCAAA